AGUGGUAAUUAAGGAAAGGCAGUUUUUAAAUGAUAGCGCCGGAAAGGUUAUUGCCUUCCACCGAUUCUGCGCACAAGCGAAAUUUAGCACUUAGACGAAAACGUUGCUUGUUGCUUUCUCCGACAAUCUCCAAUCUCCCGAUCGGUCUCGAAACCACUAAGUUAUAACUUUGAGUGCAAUCUGUAUCGGAAUGGAAGUCGAAAACUCUGUUACUGAAGAAAAUUCUUGUCCAGCAAACAAAGAGCAAAACGGUGAUUCAAGCCAUGUGAAUGGCCUAAACGGAUAUUCCGAUAAACACAAGAGCCACAAAUCGGAGCACAAAGAUAAACAUAGGGACAAGGAUAGGGACAGGGAUAGAGAAAAAGAUCGAGAUAAGGAAAAAAGUAGAAGUAAAGAUCAUAAGAGCUCUAGCAGAGAUAAAGAUAAAGAUAGACAUCACAGCAGCUCAAAAGAUAAAGAUCGUCACAGCAGUUCACAUAAAUCCUCGAGUAAAGAUAAGGACCGCGAUAAGGAAAGGGAAAAAGAUCGAGAGAGAAGUGACAGGGAUAAGGAGAAGGACAGACACCGGGACAAAGAUAAGAGCAAAGAUCGGCACAAAGAUGACAAAAAAUCGUCCAAAGAUAAAGAACAUAAAAGUUCCCAUGAUAAGGACAAAGACCAUAAGAGUAGCUCCAGAGACAAAGAUAGAGAAAAGGACAAGGAGAGAAGAGACAAAGAUAAAGAACGUGAUAAGGAGAGACGAGACAAGGAUAAGGACCGGGAUAAGCAUAAAAACAGAGAAAAGGAUAAGCACAGGGAUAAAGAAAGAGACAAAGACAAACAUCAUUCCAGUUCUAGAGACAAAGAUAGGAAGGACAAAGAUAGAAAAUCUGAAAAGGAAAAGGAAAAGGAAAAAGAUUUGGAAGAAGAUACUAAGGUAAAAGUAGAGUCUGAGGAAAUCUUGAAACCGAAAGAAUCUCCUGUGAAAGAGGAUGCAAACUUAAGCACAGACGACGACGAGGAUAAAUUAGUAAUUAAAGACGACCCUGGGAGUCAAGACGAGGCAGAUGAAGGCGCCCAGGCGGAUCACUCACAAGCAAGUAGUGCUGAUUUUAGUUUAAAGAUAGAUGAAUCAAACUUUUCCGGUUAUUCUGCUGGAGAAGAAGAAAAUAGUCAAUCACAGAAUGAAAGUCAAUUGGAGGUAGACGAUGUGAAACCAGAGAUUAAAAAAGAAGAGGAAAGUGACGAAGAUGUUCCACUGUCGGCUCGCGUGAGUUCAACUAAGAGAAAAAUAAAAGACGAGGAAGAAGAGGAAGAUGAUGAUUUACCUUUGUCUGCUAGAAAAAAACCGAAGAAGGAAAUCAAGGAAGAAAAAUCCAAAAAGAAGAAAAAGAGAGGUUAUGAUGACGAAGAUUAUGAAGAGGACGAAGAGGAGGAUUAUAAACCGGCGAAAAAGAAGGCUACCAAGAAAAAAGAGAAAAAGAUUAAGAAGGAAGCUGUAAAGAAAGAGCCAGUAAAGAGAGAGAAGGCAGAAGCUGAUAGUCCAAAGAAAAAGAAGAAGGAAGAAGAAACGCAGGAAGUAUGGAAAUGGUGGGAGGAGGAGAAGAAAGAUGAUGGUGUCAAAUGGACAUUCUUGGAACACAAGGGGCCUGUAUUUGCCCCAGAUUAUGAGAGACUACCAAAGGAUGUCAAAUUCUAUUAUGAUGGAAAAGAAGUGGCAUUGUCGGAAGAAGCUGAAGAAGUUGCAGGAUUCUAUGCAAAAAUGUUGGAUCACGAUUACACCACCAAAGAAGUAUUUAACAAAAACUUUUUUAAAGACUGGAGAAAGGUAAUGACAGAUGAUGAACGUGCCCUUAUAACUGACCUGAAAAAGUGCAAUUUUAAAAAGAUGCAUGCCUAUUUCAUGGAUGUAGCAGAGAAAAAUAGGAACAGAUCCAAGGAAGAGAAAAAGGCUUUGAAAGAGAAGAAUGAGGCUAUAGUCAAAGAGUAUGGUACUUGUAAUAUUGAUGGGCACAAGGAAAAGAUUGGUAACUUUAGGCUGGAACCUCCUGGUCUUUUUAGAGGUCGAGGUGAGCAUCCCAAGAUGGGCAAACUGAAGAGACGACUCAAUGCUGAAGAUAUCAUAAUUAACUGUAGUAAGGAUUCCAAUAUACCUCAACCUCCUCCUGGACAUAAGUGGAAGGAAGUCCGUCAUGUAAAUACUGUCACAUGGUUGGUUUCUUGGACAGAAAAUGUACAAAAUCAGGUCAAAUACAUUAUGCUGAAUCCUAGUUCCAAGUUAAAGGGAGAAAAGGAUUGGCAAAAGUAUGAGACUGCACGGAGAUUGCACAAAUCUAUAAAUAAGAUUCGAAAUGAGUACCAACAGGAUUGGAAAUCAAAGGAAAUGAAAGUGAGACAGAGAGCUGUGGCUUUGUACUUCAUUGAUAAGCUAGCUCUCAGAGCUGGUAACGAAAAGGAUGAAGAUCAAGCUGAUACAGUGGGUUGCUGUUCUUUGAGAGUAGAGCAUAUAGAGCUUCAUGAGCAAAAAGAUGAUAAGGAAUUUGUUGUAGUCUUUGAUUUUCUUGGUAAAGAUUCCAUUAGGUAUUAUAAUGAGGUACCAGUAGAAAAACGAGUGUUCAAAAACUUGGGUCGGUUUAUGGAAAACAAAAAACCUGGCGAUGAUCUCUUUGACAGACUUAAUACACAAAUUAUGAACAAACAUCUGAAUGAACUUAUGGAAGGUCUUACUGCUAAGGUAUUCCGUACAUACAAUGCUUCGUUUACACUACAGCAACAAUUAGAUCUAUUAACAAACGAAGAUGAUACGGAAGCUGAAAAAAUUUUGGCCUACAAUCGAGCCAAUAGGGCAGUUGCCAUUUUGUGUAACCAUCAGCGGUCCGUGCCGAAAGGCCACGAAAAAUCUAUGGAAAAACUAAAAGAGAAGAUGGAUCAAAAACGGGAGGCCAUACAAGAUGCAGAGAGACAGGUAAAAGACGCCGUCAGAGAAGCGAAGCACGGCAGCGUCAAAGAGAAAGUAGUCGCCGACAAAAAGAAGAAGCUCCUUCAACGUCUUAAGGACCAGCUCGCGAAACUCGAGAUCCAAGAAACUGACAGAGACGAAAACAAAACCAUUGCGUUGGGUACUUCUAAGCUGAACUAUCUCGAUCCUAGAAUUAGUGUUGCGUGGUGCAAAAAGUACGACGUUCCUAUCGAAAAGAUUUACAAUAAAACCCAAAGGGAUAAGUUUAGAUGGGCCAUCGAUAUGGCAGGACCGGAUUACCGGUUUUAAGUUAGGAUUUUCUUUUUUUUUCAAAAGAGUGUAUGGUAGAAUUUAAAACUGGAAGGAUCAGAAAAAUGUAUAAAGAUUUAUUAUGGCGUAUUUGCUUUAAUAUAUACAAGGUGGUAUAUAGGACACGUUUUCAUCACACAAUCUUCAACCGGAAUAUUUUGUAAUUAUAACUCAAUUUGUACAAAAUAAUGUUUCAUACUAUAAUUUUGUUAAACUCCCAUCUAUUGUUAAACAUAGAACUUAAAAUAACUUUCUGAUUAUUGAACUAAGCCACCUUGGUCACUGGACCACCUUAAUGUCACAUGUUUAAUGACAUUCUUCUUGCAGUGCCUAUCUGUUCCGGAUGUUGGCGAUUAACUUGGCUGUCCUUAUUUUGUUGGCAGCUAUUCAGAAUAAUCGAAGUCUACACCUAUUGAACCAUUUUCUCAGGUGCUGGAGCCAAGAAAUGCUUCUCUCAGGUUCUCUUUUUCUACACUUUGCCCUGAAGAACGAGUUAAAACAAGCCCAUUUCUCUUAAUGCGGUCCAGAUAUUCUAAUUUGUGUUCUUUUAUUGUACUAUAACGCAUGUUGUUCUAUGAUACUAUAACUUUUGUGAAAUCCCAUUUGUGCAACAGGUUGGUAAUUAUCGAACUUAUUUGAUAGUCUGUUGGUAAUUAUUUUGGUAAGCAGUUUGUACGGAUGUGGUAACAGGCUUUAAUUUUCGAGUCUGUAAUUUUCGAAUUUGUCUUGUUUCCUUUCUUGUGUAGUAAAAGUAGCUGCGCCUUUUGCCAAGAGGUUGGAAUAGCACCCCCAAAGGGGCACUUGUUCAUUUAAAUUUUAACUGCCUUCACAACAGUUUUACCUCCAGCUAUAAUCAUGUUUUUUAUCAUUCUGUCGUCUCCAGAUCUGUUCCGAAAAGUGUCUGAUCCCAAAAUGUCGAUUUGGUUCUAAAAAGUGACAGGCUCAAUAGGGCGAAGCCUACGCAGAAACAGGUAAUAAUAAUCGACACUUCUGUAUGAAAACCACAAAUUAAAAAUGGUUACAUUUUUACAGAUUGUACCAAAUUGGAGUAACAAUAUAAAUUAUUUAUAAUUUUAACUAUUUAUAAUGGGAAAUAAGCCACAAUAUUAUUAAAAAAUGAUUUUUAUUAACGUUUCGACGCCCAAAUCGGGUGCCGUUGUCAAAAUACAAAAUACUACUAACAGAAACAAAAAUGUUGUUGCUUAGUGAAAAAAUUCUUCUAAUAAUUUAUUUAAUUUGACUCAUUUAUAUCGGCAAUAUUUCAGCUAUUUUAAAGUAGAAGACUUUAAAAUGAUAUUGCCAAUAUUUAUAAAAAUGCCACAAGAAAAUAGCUUCAGAACAACAUAAAUUAUUUAUUUUAAAAAGUAUGACCACUAUUAAUUUUUUUGUAUCAUGAUUUUUAAUAUUUUAAAUUUAUUAUUUAUUUUUAUUUAUGUGAACUAUGCCAUACAAAACUUGAAAAAAAAUGUCAGGUAUUUUAUUAUCAUGAAAUAUGUCCACUCAUAUUUUAUUAGAUAACAAUAAAUUAUGGAAUUCAAUAGCAAAUAAAAGCACUGACAGUUGAUGAACUAAAAUUAAAUGUCCCCUAAAAAUUAUGAAAUUACAUCUAAAUUCUCUCAAAAGGAGUCUCAUCCAGAAUAUUUGGAAUCUUUCAUUUUAUCAAUAAUGAUUUUAUAUUGUUUCUCCAGUCUGGGACGUUUUGUACCACUUAACCAUUUGCUCAGCCUGAUGCACCGUAUAUAUGUACAGAUGAUCAAGAAAACUUCCACUCGUGCAAUUAUUUAUUGGAGGUAAUAUAUUUUAUAUAAUUGGUUUAUGCAUGUAACUUUAAAAUGUAGAUAUUUUUAUUUCCUUUCUUUGUGCCUACCAGUUUCUUGAUCAUCUGUACACGUACCACCAUGAGAGCAUUAUUUUUCAAAUCUUUUCUAUACUUCAGCGAUGAAAAUAUAUUUUUUCUGAUUCUCCCUGUAUAAUUAUUUUUUCACCCACCAGGUAUCAGUAUCACGGACUUUAUUACUAAAUUCGAAUUGUCAUUCGCUUGUCGAAGUGGGACAAUCGGUACACCAAUUAUUUUUAAGAUUAAAUUAUUACAUUAGUGACUUUUAAAUUUUUACUUAGUGAAUUUCUUUUAUUUUUGUGAAUGUACGUCAUUUGAGGUAUUAAAUAUCUAUGUACAGAUAAUGUAGAAUUAUUUUACGUUGGGAUUGUCAGGUAGUCGUAAAUAAAUAACAAAAAUAAUAACAUUUUUAAGUAAACAUUCGAAAUUAUAUUUUUAUUCUGUAGUGGUGCCAUAUUUUGGUAAGUAUUCUUUUUCUUGUAGUGCCUGUCCAUUUCGGAUGGCGGCGACCAUCAUGGCAAUCUCUACUUUGCACAUUGCUGCUCUGAAAAGAUUUGUGGUUGUCGUGUUAAACCAUGUAUGUAGAUUUCUCAGCCAGGCAAUCCUUCGCCUUCCUGGUACACGCUUUCCUUCUACUUUUCCCUGUAAGAUUAGUUGCAGUAGUCCAUAUCUCUCGCUGUUUUUCAUGCUGUGACAGGUAUUCAUUUUGGCUGUUUUUAUUGUGGUUUAGGCCCGGCGCAAAUUGAUCCUAAGCGAGCCACAACCUGCGCCGGCGGGACGGGUGACCCGUGCAGUUAUUUUUCUAGCGCACCGCAUAUUGAACACAACCCAACCCGACCGUUGGCUAUCGACCUGGCGAAUAGAGACGGGUACAAUCAGUGCGGACAUGUAACGGUUACUUUUGAUACCGGUUCUCAGUGGUACUGAGUACAAAUACUGAUUACAAAAUACUGAUGUAUCUGAUCUUAGUACUGAAUUGAGUAGGCAACUUAAAAUCGGUAUUCCCGUACUUGUAACUAGUAACGUUUUAAAAAUGUCAUACGUUCCUAGUAGUUGUAGAGGUAUGACUUUCGAAAACAUCGAAUUUGAUCAUAAGCGGGUGCAUAAAAAGAUAUCGUACUCUGAGUAUUUUAUUUCUGCAUAUAAUACCUACAUAUUUAAAAUAAUCUCUUCCCUUCUGCUCUGUCAUAACUCAAAUUCCUCAAUUUACUGCUCGGAUCACAAUACUCGGAUCUCCGCUACUGAUCGGUCAUAAAAAAUAAUACUAUCUGCAUAUUUCGUUUUUAAUUUUUAAGCACAAAAAUAAUAUGUAAUAAACAAAAAUGUAAUAUGCCGACAAGUUGAAUUUGAGGGUAAUGCUAUAUUUUUAUCGAUCACGGUUAUAAGUAACAUGAACCAUUUUUCACCUUAUUUUUCUAAUAAUGUGUUUUUGUAAAGGCAUAACUUUGAUUAUUAAUUUCGUAUCGCCGCUUAUUUAGUCUACUAAAAGUUAUCAGAAUUUAAUGACAAAGACAACGCAGUUUUCACUCGGGGUGUUGACUAUGCUAAUAUUACAUCUCGCAAACAAAAACACGUAAAAAUAAACAUCUGGCGGUGAGUCACGCGUCCCAGACCCAAGAAAACUGUACGCCGAUGACAAACGUUCGACAAACUGUCUACACGCAGUUCCCCGGUGCAGGUUGUGUCUCGCUUAGGAUCAAUCUGCGACGGGCCUAACAGCUCUUUUUCUUUUUGUAUUCGUAAUAAAACACCCUAAUUAGUAACGUGUAUAAGAUAUCUUCAGGAUUCAAUGAUUAUGUCACAUUUCGAAAGCCUCAAUUUUCUUGCAGGUGGCGUCUGUGAUAGUCUAGGACUCAACUCCGUACAACAGUGUAGGAAAGAUAAUAUAACAUCGUAUUAACCUCAUUUUUAAGGGUAUUGAUAAAUCAUGACAUUUGAAUAGCUUAUCAAAGGAGUCAGUGCAAAAAGUGGUUAAGUAAAAUUUUUAUGUUUUCGGGUUAUAGGUGUUUUAAUGAUUUAAACCAAUAUAUGUAAUUUUUUUUAAAGAAAGUACUUUUAUUUAUUUAUGAAAAAGAAAUGUUUAUAAAUAUAGAUUUGACUACUUUUUGUGAAAAAGAAAAAAAAACACAAACACAAUGUAUUUUCCCCUCUCAAGAAUCCCAUGAGACUUUAUUAUUAGAAUGUGUGUUGAAAUUUUCAUAUAGUUUUGUGAUUGAUAGAUUACGGUUCAAAUAUUUUCUAGUGCGACUAUCAAAUCUUGUAUAGUGCGAUUAUUGAGCUAUAUAUGAGCUAUUGCCAAUAGCAACAAGUUGUCAAGUCCAUGGACUUGAACGCAUUUUGACAUUUAGCGGCUUCUUGCAGUGAUAUGAUGAUUGAUUCAAAUUUCAACAUAUCGCCGGUCCGGAAUAAGAAUGACGUAACUGCUAACAACCAAAUUUCUCAGGAGAGUAAAAAACGAUUUUUAAAUAUUUAAAAUGGGGAUUAAACGAGGAGUAAUCAUCCAGGAAUAUCGGUAUGGUGCUUAUUAUUAUAAUGAUGGCUUUUAGUUUCAUCCCUAUUGGUUCAAAUUUCAUUAUAUUAAUUUAAUCCCCCCAUUUUCAACCCUAUCUACAGUUGCGUCAUUCUUCAUCUUAAAAUUUUUCUGUACAAAAAACGAUUUUUAAAUAUUUAGUAUGCCGUUUAUUCUUACAGCGAUGGCUUUUAUUUUCAUCCCCAUUGGUCCGAAUUUCAUUAUCUUAAUUUAAUUCCCCCAUUUUCAACGCUAUUUACAGUUGCGUCAUUAUUAAUCUGAAACAAGGUCUAAAAUGGCGCGUAUUUCAAUAACGACGCAAUUACCCUGUAGUGACUCAGCGCAUAGUUACAGUUCUGUCGCUUUUGUAUCAUCUGUACACAGUAUUUUAGGUUAAUUAUGCAAUAAACGGGAAUUGACAAAAUUUGAAGUUACGUCAUUCUUGUUCCGUACCGGGGAUAUGGAAUUUUACCCAGUAGAACACUUUUGAAUACAAAUCUGAAUUUACCAACACCUUAUAUAGUACACAUGACUUUAUACAGUGCGUCCAUAAAGUAACGCAUAAAUUCGUUAUUUCGUAAACCGGCGACUUUAGGAAAAAUCCCAAAACAGGUCGAUUUUUAUUUUUAAAUUACGAUUUUUUGGCAUAUAUAUCAUACUAGUGACUUCAUCCAUCUGGGCGUGAUGACGUAAUCGAUGAUUUUUUUAAAAGAGAAUAGGGGUCAUGAGAUAGCUCAUUUGAAAGGGUAUUCAAUUCUCUCUUCACUAAUAUAAACAUUAACAUAUUUAUUUAUACAAGGUGUUCAAAAAAACAUUUUUUUAAUUAAAAUAAUUUAGACAGAAAGAAGAAUGUAUGUAAUUUAUUUAAUUCAAAAUGCGUUUUACUGUUGUCAGAAAACAGGAAAAAAAUGUUUAUUUGACAAAUAAACAUUGAUUUUCGUUUAAACGAAAUGUUCAAACUGCCAAGAGACAGGGUGACAGCUUUAACAUUUAAUUUAAGCGAAAAACAAUAUUUAUUUGUCAAAUAAAAUUUUUUUCCUGUUUUCUGACAACAGUAAAACGUAUUUUGAAUUAAAUAAAUUACAUACAUUCUUCUUUUUGUCUCAAUUAUUUUAAUUAAAAAAAUGUUUUUUUGAACACUCUGUAUAAAUAAAUAUGUUAAUGUUUAUAUAAGUGAAUAGAGAAUUAAAUACCCUUUCACAUGACCCCUAUUCUCAUUUAAAAAAAUCAUCGAUUACGUCAUCAUGCCCAGAUGGAUGACGUCACUAGUAUGAUAUAUAUAUGCCAAAAAAUCGUAAUUUAAAAAUCGACCUGUUUUGGGAUUUUUCAUUAGUAUCGCCGGUUUCCGAAAUAAUGAAUUUAUGCGUUACUUUAUGGACGCACUGUAUACACUGCGGUGCAAAAAAAUCGAUCCACUAAAAAUUUGGUCAUUUUUGAUGUUUUGAAUUUCCUAAACCUGUUGUCCGAUUUAAGUGAUUUUUUACCACGUUAUAGCUUUAUCCAUUGACAAUAUCGAUGUAAUAAUAUUGUUGCUAGACAGUUAAACUGUCAUUGUAUACCGGGUGUACGAAUCAAACUGUGUUUUUUUCUCAAAGUUCGCAUCACCCUGUGGACUAUUUUAGCAUUUAUAAAAUACUGAAAUUAAAACCCAACUAUAGCCUCAGGUUUUCUUAACAUUUUGUAUUUCGAUUCAUUCGCUUAUGUUGAAUAAUAAAAAGGUUGGUACUUUAACAACUAGUCAUGUUCGUCAUCAGUACAUGGUGUUUCUAAAUAAGUGCGACAAAUUUUAAGGGGUAAUUUUACAUGAGAAAAUAAUGACAAUUUGUUUUAUAAUCAUAUGUCCGCAAACGCUUCGUUUCCGAGACACGGGAUGUUCAAUUUCUUUUUUACAAACUGACGAUUUAUUUAUUGCUUUAAAACCAGUUGAGAUAUGGAGAUCAAAUUCGGUGGGUUUUAAAACGUAGUUAUUGCACAUUUUUUGACAUACAAUUAAGAAUUUUAUAUUCAUCAUUGGCGUGCGUACGGGUAAUAUUAUCGGUCAUAAUACCCGUUUGCGCGCCACUGGUGAAUAUUAAAUUCUUAAUUGUAUGUCAAAAAAUGUGCAAUAACUACGUCUUAAAACUUAAAACCCACCAAAUUUGAUUUGCACAUCUCAACUGGUUUUAAAGCAAUAAGUAAAUCAUCAGUUUGUAAAAAAAAUUGAACAUCCCGUAUCUCGGAAACGAAGCGUUUGCGGACAUAUGAUUAUCAGUAGUAAUAACCCAAGGACAUUGAUAAUUGUUCGAAAAAUUUUUAUAACAGAUUUCGAAAGCUUGUUGCUUGGAAACAGCUCUGUUGCCUGUAAGCAACAAGCUUGAGAAAGUUGUUAAAAAAUUUUUGAGCAUUUAUCAAUGUUCGAGGGUUAUUCGGAUAGAAAAUUUUUUGCUGGUUAUGAAAAAAAAAAUACAGAGCAGAAACAAUUUAUUUAAAUGUGCAAUUAACAAAGGAACAAUUAGAAAAAUUUAAUGAAGAUCCAGACAUGUUAGUUUCUAUAACUGAUGAAGAUGUAUUUCCACUACGCAUGCUGUUAAUAAUUUUAUUAUGAUGUUCUUCGUCAAUGUUCAAGUACGGUUUUAUUGAGUUGGGAUUGUUAUGCCCAUCAGUAUUACAACCAAAUCGUGACAUUUUGAAAUAUUGAAUAUUUGAAAUGUCAAAAUCGAAAUGAAACGAAAUGUAGGUAUCCAUAGCUACAUGAUUGAGUGAAAACAGCCCAUGGGAUCUGUUUUCAGUAUAAUGUUGGUUGUUUUAAAUCAGAUGACCACAAAUUAAUUGAUUUCAUUGGAUUUCUAAUUGAGCAAAAAAUUUUCAAGCAAAUUGUCAUUAUUUUUUCAUGUACAAUACCCCCUUAAAGUUUUGUGCAAAUAUUUUAGAAACAUGUACUGAUGACGAACAUGGCCAGUUGUUAAAGUACCUAACUUUUUUAUUAUCCAACAUAAGCGAAUGAAUCGAAAGACAAAAUGUUGAGAAAACCUGAGGCUAUAGUUGGGUUUUAAUUUCAGUAUUUUAUAAAUGCCAGAAUAGUCCACAGGGUGAUGCGAACUUUGAGAAAAAAACACAGUUUGAUUCGUACACCCGGUAUACAAUGAUAGUUUGACUGUCUAGCAACAAUAUUAUUACAGAGAUAUUGUCAAUGAAUAAGGCUAUAACGUGGUAGAAAAUCACUUAAAUCGGACAACAGGUUUAGGAAAUUCGAAACAUCAAAACUGACCAAAUUUUUAGUAGAUCGAUUUUUUUGCACCGCAGUGUAGAUGUCGCCAAUUAACUUGAUUAUAGAAAAAUAUGGACUUAGCUACUUUUUGCACUGAGCCCUUAAUUAUCUCUCUUUCUCAGAUCUCUCUUUCAAAUAGUAGUACCUGCAUCUAAAGUUAAUACUUUUGAAGUUUAAUACUGUGGUUUAUAAUUGGUCUUUUUGCUCAGAAACGAAGGUGUCUAUGAUAAAAUAUGAUUUUACAAACUAUUCACGUUUUUUUACUCGUGUCAUUUUCAUCUUUGCAUUGUUAUUAUGAAGAUAAAUUAUUUACGGAUUUUUUUUUGCUUUUCUCAAGAUUACUAAACAGAAAAAUGUUAUUUAUGAACGACUACCUGCUUGUACCUGGACGUUGUUUUACUUUAUUGUGCUUAUUGGCGAUAUCGGACAAGAAUUUGUGAUAGAUUUUAUUUUUGUGGUGGUAAAUUUACCAGAAAAUUCCAGGGUAGUUGCAACACAACCUUCCUAUCCCGUUUACAGACUUCCAAAAUAUAUAAAAGUUUCUUUUCUGAUAUCGCGUUUAUUAGAUGAAUGAAUAUUGAAAAUUAUAAUUCUUGAUUAAUUUUCUUUGUCAUCUGUGUGCAGGAGACAAGUUGUAGCAAUUCGGUCUGUAUAUUACAGAUUAUAUUAAUAAAAGACAUAUAGAUA